GAGCGGCGCCUUUCAAAGACGUAUAGGAAGUGUUGAGGGGAGGUAUGGGCGAGGCUGACGUCAACAAGGUAGGGAUGUGUAGUGGGCCGGGCUUUAUAGAAAGUUGAGAAACUUCGCAGAACUCGUAAAUCUCAGGAAAAGUACAAGCUCCUUCUCCCGCCGCGCUUCUUGCUGGAGAAAUUGCCACGGCUCCUGAUUUCGGCGUGGUGGGUCGACGGGCCUUUCUUGUUUUCUACUUUUAUCGCGAGUUUGGGCUGGAGAGGAAAGAAAUCGCGGCUCGGGACUCUUCGGAGCCGGCCAGAAACUCCUGCCUCGCUCCCAGGACGUGAAGUCUCCGCGGUGAAAAAGUGAAGCGGACUGGCGCGAUCCUAGAGCGCCGGUUUACGAUGGUGCUGGCGCUUUGGCUGGCAUUUUGUGCUUGCUGGCUGGCAAAGGUUGAAUCUCCAGCAUUGAAACUUGACUGUGCUAGUGAUGAAUAUCCCACUGCUGGGCGUUGUUGCAGAAAAUGCCCUGCAGGUACUUACGUCAGAGAACAUUGCUUCACUCCGCAUACUUCAGGGUAUUGUAGGCCAUGUGAAGAAGGAGAAGACUACACGGAACAUGAAAAUGGUCUUGAGCAAUGCUUACCUUGUGACAAGUGCAAAUCCGGUUCCGAAACUGUGAGGCCCUGCACUACGAAGAGUAACACCAAGUGUCAGUGUUGUUAUGGCUACUACUGUCCUCCGAGCUGUGAAGAAUGCCUCAGGUGCAAGACAAAGUGUCCUGAAGGACAGGUGAUUGUGCAAAGUUGCAAUGCCACCACAGAUACAAAGUGUGGAUCACCAACUAAAGAAACAACAGAUGGCACAUCCAAUUGGAUUCCGAUCGUCACUUCAGUUGUUCCUGUUGUUCUUGUUCUUUUGCUUAUCCUAGGGAUCCUCCUAUAUAAAAAAAGGAAUGCUAUCUGUAAAAGUGAAGAAAAAGACUCUAAAAUUCAUUUGGUACGAGAUGUUAAAAAACCUAUGGUGAUAGUUAAAAAUUCUUCUUCCAAAGAGCUCAGAGACAUCUAUUUUAAUGUAAAGAACAUGGUGCUUCCACAUGACUGGAAUACGCUUAUGCGGAAAUGUGGCUUGUCGGAUGUAGACAUUGAUAAAAUUACCCGUGAUUAUCCCCAUGAUACUAAUGAACAAUAUCAUCAGAUGUUAAGGACUUUGCAAGAUAGAUUUGGAAUUGAAGGUGCCUUACAUAAAUUAUUAAAUGGACUAUGGGACAUGAAUCUCAAGACUUCUUAUGAAAAUAUAACAAAUGAAUUAGCAGACCAUAAUAUAAUAACAAUGGAGCCUGAAGAAUAAUUUUGGGUUUGUUAAAGAAUGUGACUGUAUUAAGAAAGAAUCAGCAAACUACAGACUGCUGGGAUCUGGUUUUACACGUGACCUUAAUUUAAUGCAUGCUGCGUUUUGCAGAAGAUAUGUAAACAGAAAACACAGCGGUUAAAUAUGGGACCAGAUCACUUUCUUUUUGAAAAUGAAAUUAUGCAUAUUUUAUAUGUGCAUUUCCUAAUAUCUAAACUGGACAGCAGUUGUACUAGAAAGAAAUGUUAUGCUUGAACUAGUUUGGAAAAUGAACUUGGGAUAGGAAACUUGAAUUUCUUUGUCAUCCUUUGUUCAGAAAAGGUUGAAGAAUGAAUGCACGCAGCAGGAAAUGAUGAAACUUGGCUGCCUUCCUGAUAUCGAAUAAAGUUGUUAGUCCUAAAAUGCAGCAGGAAGGACAGUAAUUAAAACAAUAUUUUAACUAGACACUGUUAUGAUAUCUGGAUAAAACAUCCUUUGAAAAAAACAUUGUGACCAAUUUUCAGUGUAACACCAAAAAAAUUUUUUUUACUUGAAUUGCUAAAUAUUUUUGUUCAGCAGGCUGCACGAGGCAUAAUAGUUUUUAGUUUGGAGUUGGAACUCUGAAGUAUAGGAUGAACAUCUCUACUCAUGGGGUUCCCCUCCUGGAACUGUCUAGUGAUUGCAGUGGAUCAAGGAAUUUGUUGUUACUUGAAAUUGAAUCCUAUAAAUACUGUUUACUUUUAUUUUCUUUCUUUUUUUUUUUACAAUUUCAGUUUUUGUUUUCCUUGAUAUAGUAUUUUCUUUUAUUAGUCUUUUCUAAUAAAAUACUUUAAAAGCUUUUGUUCAUAUUCUUAGUUUUCUCAGUAAAUGGAAAAUUACAGUAUGUCAAACGUAAUCUGAAAGGAAAACUGAUGAAAUGUUUCUAGUAUGCCUACUCCCCUCUAAUCUCCAGCAAGCUUCAACAUACGUUGUCUUAUUUACUUACAGCCGUUAAAGGCAGUGGUGAACGUGGUGUGUCACCUGUCAAAAGUGGCAAUGUGGCCAUUUCCCCCAUUGUCUCUGAGAUGCUGUUAUAUCGUCUUUACCUCUCUGUGCUGCUACCCAAAAUACAGUCACCCUGAAAACCUGCACUGAGUUUGCGGCUGCCAUUCAAACUUUUGAGCAGGGAUUCCUUCCCUUGAAUUAUCCUUAUCACCACACCAGGCAAACAGCCAGUGUUCUCUUUUAAAGUGCGAUUUAUUUCUUUUUUUAUUUUUGUGAAACAUAGCUUUGUUCAUUUUGGUAAUAUUGUAUAAACUGUGUGUCAUAGCACUGACCAGCUUCUUAUACAGUAUUAGUGUAUUAUCUUUGAACUGCUAUCUAUAAAAUAAUGAGCAGAGUUAUAGACCAAAAAGAAUUUUAUUUUUUAAAACCACACUCUUAAGAAAUAAAAAGUGUUA